CGAAAGUUGCCUUUGACCCUGCUGUGUGACUGUGUUGCUGGAUAUAGUUGCGUUCAAUCAAUAAUAGAGCAUUUAUUUAUAUUUUUUACAUAGAUCGUAACUACUAUAAAUAAUUUUCAGAUGAACGCCGAGUUAUUUUUUCAUGUCAAAUGUGCAAGGCUUUUGCUAAAUGACUUUAUGAAGUUUAAUUCAAAAGCUAUUUGUUGUGACCGGAGGAAAAUUCUAGUAAAUUGUAGGCUCACUCCUACACAUUUUAAUUUCAAAUAUUUUAGUUCAUGUUCUAAAGCAAAUAAAUUAGAUUUGUUUGAAAGAGGACGUCUACAAUUGAUUAAAUCUCUGCAACAAGAAAGGCUUAGUCGUUACUUAAGUUUAAGCACUUGUCACCAUCGGCAUCACUACUCUCAGUCUCAUGCAGUAGACUUGGACUUGGUUUUCAGCAAAGAUUCUUCUUCUAAAUUUACUUUUAGGCAGGAAAGAAAAAAUUACAGCAUUUGCAAUAUUAAUAAAACCAAACUAUUACAAUAUACAAAACAAGAAUUAUUCUUAAGAAUGAGCGCUACUGCAAAAUUGGAUUUUACAAGCAGCAGUAACAGUCACAGCAAAGAGCAGAUUUAUGAUUUUUUUCUUGUGCUUGACUUUGAGGCUACAUGUGAUGAUAAAGCACAACCAAACCCACAGGUAAAUAAUCAUACAUGUGAGAGUUUUAUUUUUAUCUCAUUGAUUUACAAGUCAAGUUCCAAGUCUAGGGUAAUAGUAAAAUAUCUUUGUUAGAACUUUGAUACGUGUCUUAUUUUUCAUAGUUAAAAGUUAUUUUGACUUUGUAAACUUUCAGAAGUUCACUAUAAUGUUACUCUAGCUGAAUACUCUUGCUUGUCAAUUAUAAUUAUGUUUGAAAGAUUGAAAGUUAAAUAAGUUAUAUGAGAAUUUAAAUAAGUUAUAUGAAAAAUUAUAGCAUCUUAAAACAUAGUCAUUUUCUUUGUUAAUCUAAAUUGCAGUAAAGGAGUCAAUUUGAUUCGCUAGGAAUUAAAAAAAAAUAUUUUUCUGUAAUAGAUAUUUAUAGCCAUGAGUUCUAGGUUAAACAACUAUCAGAUUAUUUGGUAAAAACACCUUGUAUCCAACACCAUAACCCCUAGAAUUUAGAUUUAGGUAAGCUUAGAUUUCACAGAGAUUACCCAGAGUAUAUCUCUUGCCAUCAUCUCCCUCUAAAAUCUCAUGCCUUAUUUGGAGAAGGAAGUUUGAGAACUGCUCUGCCUUUAAAUCACUUCUGAGAUGAAGCCUUUUGUUGACUCACAAGGAUUAGUCUCAGACUUUAGGCCAUUGGUGGGAUGACAUAAGGCACUUACUUCUUCCAGACAUCAUGAAGAGUUCUGUCCAAUGCUUCUAUUCCCCCAAUGUCAGCCAUGGUAAACUCAUCCCAAACAAUCAACUUGCACCCCCAAAGUACCUGAGCUGUAUUACACUUGCAAUGUUGCACAUACAUGUCCCAGAGUGAUUUUAAGUUGAGAGGCAUUUGGAAGGCAGAGUGAGCUGUCUUUCCACCAUCCAACAAAGUUGCUACUACUAAAAAGGAAGCUAAUGAAAUAACAUUUUCUUUUCUUACACUCUCAAGGAUUAGAUAGAUCAAAAAUGUUUUCCCUGUGCCAUCUGGAGUGUCAAGAAUGAAAACCAUUAAGAAUCUGAACCAACACUAUUAACCGCAUUGUGAUAGACAUGACUUUGCUCAACGUUGAGUUUUAAAAAAACAUUUUGAAGAACUGAUUCAGAAAGCUUAACUAUAUCAUGAGAAAGUUCUCUUAGGAAUUCCUGAUUACCAUUGACUUAAUUCUGUUCAUUAGACCGAAAGUGAAGGAAGGUCAUACUGCUUAACUGUUUGGUUAGACAUUAAAAAUACUGCAUUUUCUUGGAGCACUAAGCUUUUAAAAUUUCAUAAAUAAAAAAUAUAUCAAGAAAGUUUCUCAACUGUUCACUAAACAAGCCAAAUAUUCCAAAGCAUAAGCCAAAAACACUCUCACAAAACAAAUCAUUAAUAGUAACAAUGUUUCAGCCUUUGGUCAUUUUAGUCCAAUUAAAAGCUGAAGUUUAAAAAACAUCAACUUUUAAUUUAAUCUUUUAGAGAAUAAGAGGAAUCACAAUAUAAAAUUUCAAAUUCAUAGAGCUUGUUCUUAAUAUCUCAUGACUAAUAAGUGAGAUCCAGUUCAAAGAAAUAUAUAGAAAAAAUAGUGAGUUUAAAGCAGGGAUCUCAAACUUGCGGCCCGCAAGACGAUAUUGUGCGGCCGGCUACAUGACAGCAAAGUUUAGUUUUAAUGCGGCCCACACGUUUUCCCCAUUCCCAUAUCUAUAAUGUGACCCUCCGUGAAAGUUUCAAUAGAAUCUCACCGACUAGUCUAAUUCUGAUUUUUAUUAUGUUUGUAUAGAUUUGGACGUUGCUUAUAAUGAUAAAAACCGUUGUAAAUAAUCGGACUAAAAGUUUUUAUUUUAUGAGAUAAACAUGGCCAAAGUGCAGUUUUGAGAAAAGUUUAAAAAGUCAGUUAGUUGGUAAUGCACAACCAUAAUUUUGUAAAUCGUAGGAACCUGACACAGUAUCAAAGAAUCCCUAUUAAAAUUGCCCCUAGUGUUUACGAGUGAGAGAAAUUCCGAGCCUGUCAGCUUGGUCACUUUCAAAUUAGGGUUAGUCAAAAAGGUCUUUUCUUCAAUGAAAAAAUCAAAAUUCAUUCUUCCUACAAUAGCAUCUUUCAUUGCAUCUAUAAUUCAUAAAUAUUCCCUGCCCCUGUCUACUGUUUGAACACGUUUUAGCCUUCAAAGCCUUCAUGGAGAAGGAUGGGGUGGUUUUUCCUGUACUAUGGGAUCCCAAAUGGCUCAUGGACUUUGAUUUUCUUGUUGACAUUAUACAGGAGCUGAAUGUACUCAACAAGAAGUUACAAGACCAGGGGUAGCUUGUCAGUGUCGCCAAUGACAAUGUCAGGGCAUUCUGCACAAAACUUGUGUUAUGAUUCUUUGAGAAACCUCUGCAUUACCCAACAUGCAAAGUACUCAUGGACUCGGGCACACCCUUCAGUAUUAAGUAUACUGCUUCUAUUGCAAAGCUACAGGAAGAAUUUAAUCACAUUUUUUAAGACUUCAAAACAGAUAGAGCAACUUUCAACUUUUUGCUGAACAUUUCUUCUUCAAUUUGGAAGAUGCACCACCCCCACACCCCCCUUUACUUGCGCUUCAAAUGGAGCUGAUUGAUCUUCAUUGCAAUUCUAAAAUCAAGGAGGUGAUUGGAAAAACAGACAAGCAUGGAUAAUUGAUAAGAGCAUUGCCCUCCGCCUUCCCUGAGAUUUCCAGGUUGUUCAAGCGGAUCGCAUGCCUUUUUUGGGAGUACCUAUCUGUGUGAAAAGCUCUUUUCCACUAUGAACUUACACAAGUCAAACUUCAGGGCCAAACUUACUGAUGAGCAUUAUCAAGCUAUACUGAGGGUCUCAGUUGCUUCCUCACUCAAGCCAAAUGAUGCUCAGCUGUGUACGAAGAAAUGCUGCCAAAUCUCUGGCAACAAGGAGUAGGAGAAAGAAAGUGAAGCCUAGUUCUUGAGAACCCUUAAUGUUUUUAUGUGUUAUUGAUAAAGUUUCAGCAGAUUGUAACAGUUGUACUUUAUUGACUUUGUAAUCGCUUUUUUGUGUGGAAUACUUGAUGCGGCCCAGUCUCACUCAGACUCUACCUCCUGCGGCCUGCGGAUGAUUUGAGUUUGAGACCCCUGGUUUGUCACCUAGUUUUGUUAAAAUCACUAUAGCUAGAGCAUUACUCAUCAAACAGCGGCAUUUUUGUUGUUUUGGUGAUGACCGGAUUGAUAAAACUAUUUAUUAUUGAAGUAGUUUACAAAAAUAUUUUAAGUUAAAGUAAAAAUUUUAUAAAAAGAACAAGGUUUAGGGACUUCUUAAUUUUUACUAGCAUCUCUUCUGUUGCACACCUAUUAAGUGUAGAGUGAAUAAAAUAAAAACUAAAUUUAGGUGUGUGCCAAAAUAUAACCAUGCAUUUUGAAUUACCCCAAAAAAUUUUUAGAUGGAUCUCAUUCAGUUACUUCCCCCACACCUUUCCACACACUUUCCCUAGAAAGACAUUAGGGCUCUUAAUUUUUUGCUUCCCCCCCCCCCAAAUCCCCAAUCAUAGUGACAGUAUCAUCACCCUUACCCCCACCCCUUUCCCCACCCUUUCCCUAGAAAGACAUUAGGGCUCUUAAUUUUUUUCCUCCCCCCCCCCCCCAAAUCCCCAAUCAUAGUGACAGUAUCAUCACCCUUUUAUUUAAAAAAAGCACUACACACACUAUAUGUGGUGUUCAUUGUAAUUCUAAAUAGAGUUGUUUUUGCACAGCAUUUGAACAUGCAGCAUUUUAAUUUUGUGAACCAUGCACCGAUCAAGAAUAUUUAUAUAUCCUUUUUAAACCAAGUAGAUAAGGUUUACUAUUACCAAAACCAAGUGAUGAAGACCCUUUCAUCUUUCACUUAGUGUAACUAUUGUGUUGCAUUCUUCUGUUGAAUUCUUUAAACGGUAAAUAGCAGGCACUCUGGUGUUAGGGUCAGAGGAAGACCAUGCAGAUGGUGGAUUGAAUUCUGUUAAGGACACCCUAAAAAUUCACAAUAUGCAGCUCCAGUAGGCCUCACACCCUGUGGCAAUCCAUAAACUAUCCCUACCAACUACCCUACCCAGUAAAAGCACACAGAAAGAAAUAUUGUUGUUUUCUUUUUGAUAGUGUGUAUAUUUUAAAUUUUACAGGUGUCGAUGUUGAACAAAUGGAACAAUAAUAUAGGUAAUUAUAUCACUCUAAAGUGAGACAAGAUUAAGAGAGGAACAAAGUUUAUCUGUCGGGGGGGGGGGGGGGAAAAAAAAAAAAAAAAGGGGGGGGAGCGGAAAUACAAGAAAUACAAUAGAGUUUGUUGUGUGAUAAUAAAUAAAAUUAAACAGUGACAAAUUUAAAGUCAGUAAACUGUAAUGGUAGCUAUUUAUUUAGACUGUGAAAUUCAUCGUUUUACAUUGAAAAACGUACAAUAAGUGAAAGAAAUUUGCAUUUGCAAUAAAUCAAAAGCAAUAACAAUGGUCUAAAUUAAAUAUUGUCCUGACAACACACCCUCCCUUUUUUAUCCCCACUUAAAAGAAAACUACACAAAAACAAAACAAACAAAAAAAUGCAAUUCCUGUCUCAGAGACUAAAUUUCCUCCCAAUUUUAAAAAUAAUCUUUAAAUUGCUCCACAGCCCAAAAAUUAAUCACACUGAUUUUCUGUGUUAACACUUCCCCCCCCCCCCUCCCAUAGUGAAGCAUGGAUAUAUUUUCUAAUUAUAAAUAAAUAUAAUCAUUAUUUUCUUUUUAUUUCUUUUUUUUAGCAAAAAGUUGGGGGGGGGGGUAUAUUAUAUAGAGGAUAAGCAUUCUUCAAAACCCAAGAUGAUAGAAAUGUAAACAUCUAUACAAAGAUACUUCUUUAAAGAGAAAGUCUGAUUUACUGAGAGUAAAAUAAAUUACUAUACCGAUUUUCGGCCCGAUCUCCUCUUACCAAGAUUCUAAUUUUUUUCAAGUUUCAGCAAAAUUAUAAGCUGAUUGGCAGUGACUGCCAAUUAUAUUAGAUACCAGUACCAAUGAAAUAAAACCCAGUGCAGCAAAGACAUUUUAAAACAAUCCCAAAUUGGAUUUAUAUCUAAUUAACUAUUAUUUUAUUUGUUGAUAUUUAAUGUUUCAGGAAAUUAUAGAAUUUCCUGUGUUGAAAGUCAAUGCCAAAACCAAAAAAAUUGACUCAGUUUUCCACAAAUAUGUGUUGCCACAGUAUCAUCCUCAAUUAACUCCCUUUUGCACAGAGGUAAGUUUCUGCAGUUCUCAACCUAAAGUAAAAAUGUAACAAAGAAUCCCAUUUUUCACAUUCUAAGUUUUAUAUUCUUUAGACAAAAUGUUUUUCCAUUGUUUAUAGUUUAUUUUUUAUUUGAAAUACUAUGUAACAUUUCAUUUGGUACUAUGUUAUUAAAAGUUUAUGUCUGACAGCUUACCGGUAUCAUUCAGUCCAUGGUGGACAAUCAGCAACAUCUUCCCGAGACCUUACAGGUAAUACCUUAAACUUUUGCCGUAAUAUUUUCUUAAAGAGGAUUUUAAAAUAAAAAUUAUCAAAAAUGUUUCAGGAAAUUUACAAUAACCAUAAAGAAAUAAAAUCUAAUGAGUCCUUGAUAAACCAAACUACAACUACCAAUGUUAGGAUAUGCACGGCUCAAACUUGUUAACUUAGCACUGAGUAACAAUUUGGAAUCCUCCUGAAGACUCAUUCUUUCAUCUGUCAAACUUAUUAACUUAGCACCGAGUAACAAUUUGGAAUCCUCCUGAAGACUCAUUCUUUCACCUGUCAAACUUAUUAACUUAGCACUGAGUAACAAUUUGGAAUCCUCCUGAUGACUCAUUCUUUCAUCUGUCAAACUUUUUAGCUUAGCACCGAGUAACAAUUUGGAAUCCUCCUGAAGACUCAUUCUUUCAUCUGUCAAACUUUUUAGCUUAGCACCGAGUGACAAUUUGGAAUCCUCCUGAAGACUCAUUCUUUCAUCUGUCAAACUUUUUAGCUUAGCACCGAGUAACAAUUUGGAAUCCUCCUGAAGACUCAUUCUUUCAUCUGUCAAACUUUUUAGCUUAGCACCGAGUAACAAUUUGGAAUCCUCCUGAAGACUCAUUCUUUCAUCUGUCAAACUUUUUAACUUAGCACCGAGUAACAAUUUGGAAUCCUCCUGAAGACUCAUUCUUUCAUCUGUCAAACUUUUUAGCUUAGCACCGAGUAACAAUUUGGAAUCCUCCUGAAGACUCAUUCUUUCAUCUGUCAAACUUUUUAACUUAGCACCGAGUAACAAUUUGGAAUCCUCCUGAAGACUCAUUCUUUCAUCUGUCAAACUUUUUAGCUUAGCACCGAGUAACAAUUUGGAAUCCUCCUGAAGACUCAUUCUUUCAUCUGUCAAACUUUUUAACUUAGCACCGAGUAACAAUUUGGAAUCCUCCUGAAGACUCAUUCUUUCAUCUGUCAAACUUUUUAGCUUAGCACCGAGUAACAAUUUGGAAUCCUCCUGAAGACUCAUUCUUUCAUCUGUCAAACUUUUUAGCUUAGCACCGAGUAACAAUUUGGAAUCCUCCUGAAGACUCAUUCUUUCAUCUGUCAAACUUUUUAGCUUAGCACCGAGUAACAAUUUGAUCCUGCUGAAGACCCAAAAUGAUAAAGCUAAUUGGAGGUGUUUGGGGUCUGUAACUUACAAUGUGACAUUAAAUUACCAUUUCAAAAUUUUGAAAAGUAUAGGCGGGGGGAAAAAAGCUUAUAAAAGGACUCAUUCCAUUUACUCGUUACCUAUUAUUUAAGGAAAUCAACUCCUUUUUCCACAGAGCUUCCACCAGUGGAUGGAGAGUGAAGGUUUGCUGGACCCAGACAUCAAAAGUAUUUUUGUGAUUUGUGGUGACUGGGAUCUUAAAUCUAUGUAUGUACACAGUUUGCGUUAAGCGUUAGCAUGUUUAAUUUUUUUCAUUUUCUAAUCUGUAUUAUGUCUGCUCAAAGGAAGUAUUCUCAAGUAUCCAACAACCAAUUAACUCUGUUGCAUCAAUGGCAAUAGCAUUUUGGAAGAGGGUGGGUAAUUUUCAAUUUAAAAAAAUGCCAAAUUUCUGAUUGCAUUCCUGGCACUGUUAAGAAUAAACUGAUUUAUAAGUAGUUCUGGUCUUAUUAUUAGAUUUCUUUCAAAGUCUUCUUUAAGAGGUAACAGAAAUUAUAAAACACAUCUUUGUGGACAUAAUUCAUCUAUCCAGGUUACCUAAGCAAUGCGCUGUUUUGGAUUUGGCGGCAAGACAGUAUUUCAAGCAGUGGAUUAAUAUUAAGAAGGUUAAUACCCAUUUUUAAAAUCAACUAUUUAAAAGGCAAUAUACCUCUUAAAAAGCCAUGCUUCUUGUAAAGGGCAAAUUGUUUUAAAUUUGGAGAAAAAAAUAUAUUUUAUCCAUUUUGUGUAUCUUAUUGUAAAAAAAACAAAAAACGGUGACAUGUUUUAAUUUUCUUUUUAAUCAUUUCAGUCUUAUGCUGAGAUGACUGGCACAUUUCCCAAGGGCAUGAUGGUCAUGUUAAGAGAUUUGAACAUCAAACAUGUGGGUCGUCAUCAUAGUGGUAUAGGUAAGACUAUAGAAUUCCCAGCUGCUUCAUCAAAUGGUAUAAAUCUUCAAAGAAAAAUAAUUUUUUAAUUAUAGAGGUUAUAUUUUGUUGUCUGCUUCAUUUUGAAAGCAGCUGUAACAGAGUAAAAAAAAAUCAGGUUGUCGAAAUACUACUUUCUGGUUUGAGACCCCUUCAAGUAUUUAUGACAACUAUAGGUUCAACUACAGCACAGCAGCACACCAAUCACUAGAGGCACCAAUACUUCAUAAAAUAAUACUGUUCAUCUUUAUUCUUGGUACUGGGGCGCUGGCAAGAUAUCAUAUAUAUAAUAUAAGUAUAAUAUAUUACACAACACCCAUCCAUUAGACUAACACCAUCCUAGGCAGCGAAGACUCAACUUUAUAUUUGACACCUUAUAUUCACACACAUGUUUAUAACGCUUUUUCUGUCCUCCAAUCACAUUAAGACACUAAACUACAACUCACUGUAACAACAGUUCAGCUUAACAUCCGUGAUUCUUGUACCCUUGACACAGUUCUUGCUCACUUCUUUACCCUUUUCACUAAUAAUGGAGUUCACCAAAGUGUUGCAGUUGUUCUCCAGCAACUAUGUCAACUUUUUCUUAGUGUAACACGAGAGAGAGCAUACCUGAAGCUAAAUAAAUUGACCCAAGGUUUGAAUUUAUACUUCUACUUGUCUUUUCUAGUCAGUGACAUUCCAGAUGUGAUUACCCGUUGUUAGCACGACUGGUUUUCCAGUUUACGUCAAUGUAAAAUUUGCCAUUUAGUGAGAGUGUAACAAUAUCUUCCAAUCUAAAGUUUUUCCUUAUUUUGUUUCAGAUGAUUGCCAGAACAUAGCCAAUGUAUUAAUUGCCAUGAUGCAAAAAGGAUUUGUCUUCAAACAGAAUGGAAGUGCUGGAAGACUCUAAAAGAGCAUGAUAAAGACAUUUUUUAUUUAGCAAGGUGUUGAAAUGGUUUGAAUGCUGGAGUUCUAUCAAGAUUAAAAGCUGUGGUUACUGUUGUUAAACCAAAAACCAAAUUGUUUCAAAAAACAAAUUUGUUGAUCUUCUGUGCCAGUGUUACAUACAUGGAGUUUUUAUUGCAGUUUCGUGUGUAAGAUUGAAAAAUGACUUUUUACAGUGCACCUUCUAAAUUAAUUUUUUAAGUUUAAUUAUGUUGAUUUUCUGUACCAUUGGGUUCUUAUUGAAAUUUCACAUGUAGGAUUGUAAAUGACUUUUGAAAGUGCACCUUCUUAUUUUUUGGGUAAAAGUUCAUUAUUUUCCUAAAUGGUAAAUUGUAUUUAAAAAAAAAAAGCAAUAGUUUCCAGUUUAUAUUGCUUUUCAUAUGCUUAGAUUAUUUUUAAUUUGAACUGUCAAGUUAACUGCAUUACCCUUUGGAAUAUGAACAUAGUAAGAUUGUUUAAUUAAAAAAAAAAAGUAAUAAAUUGGUGCAAGUCUCAAAAGUAAAGAUCGAAGCAUUUAUAAUUUUUAUUAAACAACAGAAUAAAGUAUGCCUGUUUAUUUAACAGAAGUUUUGAAUCACCAUGAAUAUGUUUUUUAUGCACAUAAUUUAAUCACAAAUAAAUUGAAAACAAGGAUCAACAGAAUGAUUUUACAAUUGUAACAGCUAAGAUGACCAAAUAGAUUAUUAUUGAAAAGCAUCAGUAUAUAAUAUUGUGUGGAAGAAUAUUUAUAAAAGAAAAUAUUAUAUUGUCUUGCACUUGGUGUGUGACCAUUUAUCUGGCAACAAAGCUUAAAAUGCAACUUUGUAAUGCGGGAAAUUUAUUUCAUAAUUUUAAAAUAAUAUUACUUCAUAAGAGUAUCGGCUUUGUGUUGUUGAUGAUAAUAAAAUAUUGAGUAUAAGAUGUAUCAAAUGUUUUUUGUCUAUUCUAUGAAAGUAUUAAUAAUACUAUUACCUAAUGAAUGCUUUUUAAAAAAACCUUUUUGAUUAAAAAAUGUAUCAAUAAAAUUCUAUAAUUUUGGGUUCCAAGAAAAAUUAAGAAAAUUCAUAGAUAAAAUCUUGUGAAUUUAGCCUUUACUGUUCAAACGAAGGGGAGAUCCAUAAGUAACAUCAUGCGUCUGGGGAAAAGAGGGGAGGGGACUUUGGGAGGAUAUGUCUAAAUUGUGGAAUGAUUUUGGGAUGGUGGUAUGAAAUUAUGAAAUCAACCAAAUUAGCCUGACAUUAUUUAUGGAUGUCCCUUGACACACAAUAUGUUAUAAAUCAUCAAUUAAGCCUCUUACUAGCAUUUAUUUUACUUAUUGGAUGACUAAAAUUUAAAAACGUUUACAUUUGACCUUCACAUUAGUUUUUACU